AUCCCCCCAUCCCGACGGCGGCGGCUCUCACCUGCACCCCGCCGGGCGCAGCACCAUGACUGCCGGCCGCCUCGGUCCGCUCGUCGCCCCCCUGUUCCUGGGCCUGGUGCUGCUGGGCUUUCCCCUGGGCACAAGUGCGUGGAUCAGGGAGAGGCCGGACGACUGGAGGACCGGACCAACAACGUCAGGCGCAGAAGCAGUGAAAACGGGCGUGUGCCCCAAGCUGGGGAAGGACCCGAACUGCACGCUGGAGUGCAGCUCCGAUGGAGAGUGUGCCGGCAACCUCAAGUGCUGCCAGGCCGGCUGCGCCUGGGUCUGCCACUUGCCCGAUGAAAAGCCGGGCUCCUGCCCCAAGGUGGACCUCCCCUUGACUCCGCUUGGCCUCUGCCGGGACCAGUGCCAGGUGGACAGCCAGUGUCCUGACCGCAUGAAAUGCUGCCGCAACGGUUGUGGGAAGGUGUCCUGCGUCACUCCUGUCUUCUGAAGUAGUUUCAGCCACCGCAGCCCGAGGAAUGAGGGAGUGGAAGUUUCUGCCAGGCCCUGCCUGGCUCCAGCCCAGCCCCAUCUGGCUCCAACCCAGCUGCCUUCCCCUCUCUCUGGCCUCUGCACUCCCUCCUGUGCUGGCCACAGUUUCAUUUUCCAGCCAAUAAAGUGACCGCUUCCAGCA